AUGGAUCAGGAGGCCGAGGGGCUGAGCCAGUGGCAGAAGGCCAUGCAGCACCAGCGCUUGAUGGUUACUGAGCAGUCACCGUCCCUCCUGGACAUGUCUCCAUCACCUGGAAGCAGUAGCAUGCACAAUUCUUGGAACCAUGGCCCACCAGGAACUCAACACUUUCCACAGAGCACAGAGCUGGCGAGGACCCCAUUGGUGUCUGCUGAAGCACCCAGGCAGAAUGUGGCUGAAGUGAGGCCACAUUUCAAUAUGUCAUUUCCUGAGCAUGAUAUGAGCUACUUCCCCCAAGCGACUCUUAUGCUUUCGCAGAUGAUUUGCCGUCAGGGAGAAUCUCCCUCCCAGCCAGAGAUGAAGAUUUUCAAUAGGUCUCAGAUGAUGCCUUCUGGAGAGCCCAGUAUUCCAGGGAUGCCUUUGACCUUCGGUGGGAAUUUAAGCAUGCCUUCCAGUAGACCACCAGACUCUACUUCCAAUGCAAUCCCAAUGUCCCAUAUUAGGGUUCCAACAAUGCCUUAUUCUGGGACCCCAAUGGUACCUUCUAACACAGCUUCUUCAACCAAUAGAAUGUUAUUGGCCCCAACCAUGUCUUCUACUGAGGCCCAGACAAUGCUCCCUUCUUUGACUGAGAUGUUGCCCCCUAGAGAUCCCCACAACUUUGGGAUGCACCCGUCUGUGUCCUCAUCAUUGCUGGAUUUAGACUCCCAGAACUCUCUUAUGAGCCUUCCAGACUCCCAGGAAGGCUCCUUCAUACCUGAGCAGCACAUACCUGCUCCACAGACAACAGAGAAGAACUCCAGGGCCCAGGAAGGGGCACUCAGGAGGAGAUCCCCAGUUUCAAGGCCUUACCUCUGCAAUUAUGACAACUGUGGAAAAGCUUAUACCAAGCGCUCCCACCUUGUGAGUCACCAGCGCAAACACACAGGGGAGAGGCCCUAUGGAUGCAAGUGGGAAGGCUGUCAGUGGACUUUCUCCCGUUCUGAUGAGCUUGGACGACAUAUGCGAAUACAUACCAGAUAUCGACCACAUAGAUGUGGCCAGUGUGGCCGACAGUUCAUGAGAUCUGACCAUCUCAGGCAACACCAAAGGACUCAUAUGCGGAUGCCUGGAUCCCCAGACCCACAGGCCAACAAUGAGCAGAGGGCUGAUGCUCCUGUGCCUGGUCUUUAG